UUGAAAGUCAGUUUGAAAGAAUGGACGGUGUAAAGUCACUAAGCCAACGAUGUUUGUAUACGCUAUUAAUUAUAAUUUGCAUUUCCUACCAAACUUGUAGUUUAAAUCAUAAUCGAAAGGGAAAAGACGCGUUUGAUCCCAGUCUAGAAAUACCCAUCACGGAAGUUGAAAACAGCAAUGCAUCUGAUUCGAUAGUAAUAAAAGCUGUGGAUAUUCCUGAGGAAUUAGUUACGUACGAAGGUUCCCAAGUUUGGAGGGUAGUUGAGGGCACUGAAGAAAAGAAAGAAUAUGUAUCUUACCUGCAAGAAACUGGAGAGGUAUCUACAUGGAUGGGAAAUGGAAGUGCCGUAGACGUUUUGGUGCGACCUAACAUGAUACCUCAAGUUUCUCGUUUCUUGAGAGAAAGACACAUAAAUUUUGAUGUCAUUAUUCCCGACGUCCAACAGGCUAUUGAUCAGGAAAAUCCACCUUUACCCCCUGAACUCAUAGACGAAUUGGAAGGUCGAGCAGGACAUCGAAUGGAAUGGACCACCUACCAUCGUCUUGAAGAUAUUCAUGGAUACCUCGAUUACCUCGCUCAGACAUUCCCUCAGAUUUGUUCUGUCAUGUCGAUUGGAACUUCUGUGGAAGGCAGAUCGUUGAAGGUAAUUCGUAUAACGAACAAUAAGCCAGGAACACCUGCAAUCUGGAUCGAUGGUGGAAUACAUGCUCGUGAAUGGAUUUCACCAGCUUCUGUAACUUACAUAAUUAAUUAUCUUGUAGACAAUAGUGAAACUCUUGAAGCCGAAUAUUACAUUCUUCCAGUUGUGAAUCCUGAUGGAUAUGAGUACACAUUUCGAGGCGAUAGGUUGUGGCGAAAAAAUAGAAAUAAUCCCGAAAAAGGAGGUGUUUGCAUUGGAGUUGAUCUAAACAGAAAUUAUGGUUACCGAUGGGGUGGCCUCGGAACAAGUAAGCAACCAUGCAGGGAAAUUUUUGCCGGAACUGGACCGUUCUCAGAGCCGGAAACUAAUGCUAUCAAAAACUUCUUUGAAGCAAGUGCUGCAAAUUUCAAGGCAUAUUUAUCAUUUCAUAGCUACGGCCAAUACAUCUUGUACCCUUGGGGAUAUGACAGACGAGUGCCUCCCGACUAUUCCGAUCUUGACAGAGUCGGGCAAAAAGCAGCAGUUGCAAUGAAAGCUAUUGGAGGAAACGAUUAUACAGUCGGAAACAGUGCUUCCACUCUCUAUGCAGCUGCUGGUGGUUCUGACGAUUGGGCCAAGGCAAUUCACAAAAUCAAAUAUACUUAUACGAUAGAAUUGCAGGACAGAGGAAGAUAUGGGUUUGUUUUACCUGCACGUUACAUUAUUCCAACUGCGAUGGAAGCGCUAGAGGCUGUGAAAGUAAUUACCGAGGCAUCUAUUAUGAAAGAAUAAAUUAAUAUUGUAUUAAGUUUUACAUCAAAUAAUUUAAUUAAAUAAUUACUAUAAAUA